AUGGCACCCGGCAGUGGACGCGACUUUAAUUGCACUUGGCCAAGCUGCAAUAAGUCCUUCAACCGCAAAUCCGAUCUCUGCAGGCACUACCGCAUCCACACCAACGAGCGGCCUUACCACUGCAAUCAUGAAGACUGCAAGAAGAGUUUUAUCCAGCGGAGUGCCCUGACAGUACAUGUGCGGACGCAUACUGGCGAAAAACCCCAUUUGUGCGACCAUGAAGGAUGCGGCAAAGCUUUCUCGGAUUCAUCGAGUCUGGCCCGUCAUCGAAGGAUCCACACCGGGAAGCGUCCCUAUAUAUGCCAAGAGCCUACCUGUGAAAGGAGCUUCUGCCGCAAGACUACAUUGACUAAACACCAUGAGAAAACACAUGGUGCGGCCGCGAGCCGCACGUCAUCUGAGGACCCUGCUUCUGACCAGGAGUAUCAUCCGCCGGUCGCCAUCUCUGCGCCGCAUGAGUCGUACAUUCUUCCACAGGCGCACUUCGCCUUCACGACAACGCUGCCGCCGCAUCACAACUACUACCCGCACCAGAAUGUACAGAUCACGUCCGUGCCCAUCCAUGAGCAGUCCCCGGUGGUUGCCACCAGCGUGCCGGUCACGUUGUCGGCUGACAUUCCUCAUGUACAGCAGCUAUACAUGCACUACGUCCCGCACCACCCGCACCCGCAACAGCAGCAUCAGCAGCAUCAGCAGCAGCAUCAGCAGCACCAGCAGCAGCGUUACGAUUACCAACGACAUGGAUACAUCCAACCAGAGUACCAGCAGCCCUACAGUCAGGCCCCGGUCGUUGAGUCUACCCCUGUGACGGCAACUUCCCAGGAGUCAGACCAUGAUGAAUACAAGCACACUCGGUUUCUGAGCCAGCCUGAAGGAGCUGACUGGGGGUUCCUCGGUGUUGGCUGA